AUGGACAAAAUUGCACACACAAAUCCUCUCUUCGGGAUGGAGCAGGAAUACCUUCUGCUAGACCGCGAUGGCUAUCCCCUCGGAUGGCCAAAGCACGGUUAUCCUGCUCCCCAAGGUCCGUACUAUUGUGGAAUAGGAGCUGAUAGGACGUUUGGCCGUGAAGUGGUUAGCACGCAUUAUAGAGCAGCACUUCACGCGGGUCUCGAAUUGUUCGGAACCAAUGCC